ACUCUGUUAUACCUGCUUUUAUGUCAAGCUCGAGAGAGCAUUUCAUAUGAAUAGCUGCAUAGUUUCAGCGACCUGUUUCAGAGCACAGGGAGCACCGAGAAUUCUGCAGUGCUUUCUCUGAUGUCAAAAACGAAUUACAAGUAUAAUUUGUGAGCUUACAAAAUCAGAUUUUAAAGCCCAGUGGAAGUGAGGCCACAGACAGCUCAGCUAAUUCUCUCUGACUGGCGGUUGCUACUUACGGAGCCAUGCAACUGAGCCUUUAAAGGGAAUAUUGUGCUGUUUGACAGGUGAAAACAAAGUGGACAUCUGGAGGAUCGAGCAUUGUGUUGAAAGUGGGAUGACAGGCUAUUCAGGGAAUAUGCAACACUUGGUAUGGUUGAUUCUGGCAAUGCAAUGGAUGGUUGAAGGUGUUGAAAACUGUCCGGAUAUCUGCAAAUGCUCCAAGAAAGCAGGCCCAGAAAAGUCAGAGGUCAACUGUCAUAAGAGGGGACUUCACGCCUUUCCUUCAAACCUGCCCCCUGAUGCUUGGAUCCUCAAACUAGGCGAGUUCCUUGCAGUUAGUCAAAUCAUCCCUCAGACUCUUUUGACAUUCAAGAGAUGACAUAUUUCAUCUGAUGUUGUUUGGUAUUACUGUGUCAAUAACCAACUUUUGACUGCUUCUGCAAGGUGAGAAUGGUAUUACAGACCUGAAGGCUAAUUCUCUGAGAUCAAUUCCAAAGAUUGAGAGCAUCAAUCUGGAACGCAAUGCCAUCAAAUCCAUCCACCCCAAGGCCUUCGUUGGUGCAAAACAGUUGAUGCUUCUCAAUCUUUACGGCAACCAUAUCUCCACCCUUCCACCAAGGGGGUUUCAGGACCUCCUGAACCUUCGCUUUCUAAUGCUGGGGCAGAACCAGAUUGGUAUCCUCAAACCUGAGAUGUUUGCUGGCAUGAGGAACCUGUCAGACCUGGACCUUCCUCUCAAUGCUCUUACAAUGCUCUCAGCUAAUGGCUUCAAACCGCUGAUCGCCCUCAAAGUGUUGGACCUUUCUCUGAAUCGCAUUCAGAGAAUCUCUCCUAAGGCUUUCACUGGACUCAGACAGCUCUUGUUCCUCAACUUGGACAACAACAGCGUGAAGACGGUUCCUGCCGGAGUGUUUAGGCCGCUACGAUCUCUGGAGAUGCUGGUUCUAGACAACAACCUGGUGUCCAUGUUGACCCUGUCAGCUUUGGAUGGUCUGGACAAUUUACAGGAACUCUACCUGAGGAACAAUGAACUGGAGCACCUGCCAUCUGAUGUGUUCAGCCGCAUGCCAAAACUUUCUCAGUUGGCACUCAGCGGGAACCGCCUGAAGACAAUGGAUGGAAACAUGUUCUCCCAUAUGUCUGAGUUGAGGAAACUGUACCUCCAUGACAAUCCAUGGCAGUGUGACUGUAACAUUAUCUCCUUGGUGCGGUGGAUGGGACACACCAAGACCACGCUGUCUCCUCGAGAAGCCCUGAAGUGCGUGAGUCCUCCAGAGCUCCGAAACAAGAGACUCGGCAGCCUCGAAGCCGGAAAGCUGCUCUGUCGCGCCUAACAUCAGAAAACCUGGAGGAAGGAUACAGUGCAGACUCGGACCCUUGAAGAUUCAGAUGAUGGACUUAUCAUCACAACAGUUUUGUUUCUGUAGUUUGGGGCUACUGUUUGUACACUUCACCUGUUUCUUGUGUCAUUUCUCCAAACUACAAUGUGAUCAGUAUAUUGCAGGACAGUGUAUCCUAAAGAGGGGCAUAAUCAUGUUUUCAGCUAAAUACAUAAAAAAAUCUUACCUUUGAAAAAUUUUGAUUGACCACCAUUUUUAUUGUUUCUUAAAACAACUUCUGUGGGUGUAACGUCAACCUGUGCUAGCAUAUGAAACCCAUAAACUGCAGUUAAAGCGUAAAAAAAACUGCAGUUAUGAUGCUUUUGCUGUACAGAAAGAUUGUGCAUUAUAUAUUUUCAACCAGAAAAGAACAACCCUAUCUCCAAACCAACACUGAGAUUAAUAUUAUAAUCUCAUAUUGCUUGUCAUAUGGAGACCAUGCAGGUUUGGAAAGUGAUGGAUUACAUGUAAUGGGAUUACAUUAAUCCGAUUUCAGGAAAUGGUUUCUUUAAUCUUUUGCAGCUAAUGUAAAAGAAAAAACAAACAAAAUAACAUUACAUUUCAAGGAUGGUGAAUUGAUAGACUGUCAGGAUUCUGUGCAGCAUAAGCUAAAAGGGAAAAUAGUUGGAGAUCAUGUAAGUUUAUUGAAUUUGUAAUCUCCAAAUAUACUUAAAGUGAAAUGAGAAAGAUGACACAGCAGUGAUGCACUACAUGACCAAAAGUAUGUGGAUGACAGACAAUCUCCAAUCUUCUGGUGUCAGGCUUUUCCUUAAAUACCAAUUUACCAGAAAUACCAGAAAUUUGCUCUAAUUCAGUCAUAACUGCAUCAAAACCAACAUUGAUUCUGUCUGAGAAUUGAAUUGCUACUGUUGAGGUCAUGGCUCCAUGCAGAUCAUCAGAUUCUCUCACAAAACAAGCAUCGUCAAUACACUUUUGAGUAUGAAGUGCAUAAAGUGACUUACACAAUGGAAACAACCUGUUCUGCAGAGUUUGCUUCCGCACAACAUCUUCCCACUACAUCACACUUCACACUAUGAUUUGCUUUUGUCGUACUGCAACCUUUCUCAUCCCUGCUGCUGUCAGACUCUCACACUCUUCAGGUUCCAUCGACAGGAAGAGACGAGGAUAGUUAGAUCAGUUUAUGGAGGGAAUCGGGCGGAUACACAGAGAAUAAGAAAAGCAUGACAGGAAGGUUGGUGGGGUUGAGAUGGGAGUCUGGGGAAGCUUAACUGAGCAAUGAUAUCCUGCCCUAAGCUUUCUGUAAUUGACAAGGUGACUCCCAUCGACCUCCUCGCACAACGACUUUGACAUGAAAGCGCCGGUGUCUCCCACUCUAGCGGGGGAGAUAAUCACCAUAAUUUCCACCUGCAUUAAACCUGCUAUUAUAGAAGAGAGCCUAGGAGCAAUAGAAUAGCUGGGCUUUGUUCUGAGCUGCAUCUUUUUCACCUCCAUUGGUGGCUCCUGCAUAUGAUACGGCAAAGCCCAAAAGGGUUUUUUCCCCCUCUCCUCUCUUCUCCUCCUUUCUCCUUUUUUUUGUUUCUUUUAAUAGGCUGCAACACCUAUCAUCUUAAAGAUGGCUCAGUCUGACCAUUGAGACCAAACAACAACAUCUCAGCAGUUUACAAAAUGGAAAUAUUUCACGCUUAUCAGCUUUCCUGACGAUCUGAUCUGAGAUGGGAGUGUGAAUUGUAGCAGGGAACACUCGCUACUUCAAUGUGUAAUGUGGACAUAAUUAUAUUACAAAGACUGAGGUACAUUUAACUGGUAGUACUGUUGUAGUUGUGUUUCUUUUCUUUGUACAAGAUGACAUUGUUUAACAUGUUUUUGUGCCCUGAUGUUCAAGAUUCCUUGUAAAAUGCUCUGUGCAGUAAAUAAUGUAUGAUAAUA